AUGGCGGCCUCCAUCUUCACGGGCGCCGUGAGAGCUGCCUCAGGAGUAUUACGUCCCUUGAACGUCUUGGCAUCUUCAACCUAUUGGACCUGUGCCAGGAAUGCCUGUCUUAAUUCUGCACUGUACAACAUUCAUUUUAGACGUAUUCAGACAUCAGUUGUUUCCUCUGCUCCAAGACUUGUCACAUCUGUUGGGCAGUUGGCAUAUGGGCAUACUGCAACAGUCCUUAAUAGAGUGGCCACAUUGGUUCCCAGUGUCCUAAAGCCGCCGGUCAGAGCUCUGACAUACUGCAGCACGCACAAAGGCAAGAGAAAGACGGUAAAGUCGGUUGUGCAUCGCUUCCUCCGGCUUCAUUCUGGCCUUUGGCUAAGGAGAAAGGCUGGCUAUAAGAAAAAAUUAUGGAAAAAGUCAACUGCAAGAAAGAAGCGCUUGAGGGAAUUUGUGUUCUGCAACAAGACCCAGAGUAAACUCCUAGAUAAAAUGACAACGUCUUUCUGGAAGAGGCGCAACUGGUAUGCUGGUGACCCUUACCAGAUGUACCAUGAUUGAACAAACCUGCGAGUAUAGUUCAGAGCUGUCAUAGUUCCCAGCUAUGGAAUGUGAAUCUCUGUGUAUA